UGUUCCCAGUAGGCUGUCUCUCUCAGACACAGGCAACCUGCGUCUCAGCUGACCUCCCUAGCCUCCUGAGAACAGGCUGAUAUGCCCAAGAUAAUCCUGAAUGGUGUGACGGUGGAUUUCCCCUUCCAGCCGUACAAAUGCCAGCAGGAGUACAUGACCAAGGUCCUGGAAUGUCUGCAAAAGAAAGUGAAUGGCAUCCUGGAGAGCCCUACAGGCACAGGAAAGACACUCUGCCUGCUCUGCACCACGCUGGCCUGGCGGGAACACCUCCGGGACUCCAUCUCUGCCCACAAAAUUGCUGAGAGGGUGCAAGGGAAGCUGUUCCUCGACCAGCCCUUGUUGUCCUGGGGGACUGCGGCUGCUGACGGAGACCCCAUAGCUUGCUACACGGACAUCCCAAAGAUCAUUUAUGCCUCUAGGACCCACUCGCAGCUCACGCAGGUCAUCGGCGAGCUUCGGAAUACCUCCUACCGGCCCAGGGUGUGUGUGCUAGGCUCCCGGGAGCAGCUGUGCAUCCACCCCGAGGUGAAGAAGCAGGAGAGUAGUCACAUUCAGAUCCACCUGUGCCGCAAGAAGGUAGCCAGUCGCUCCUGUCAUUUCUACAACAACGUGGAAGAGAAAAGCCUGGAGCAGGAGCUGACCACUCCCAUCCUGGACAUUGAGGACCUGGUCAAGAGUGGAAACAGGCACAGGAUAUGCCCGUAUUACCUCUCUCGGAACCUGCGGCAGCAAGCCGACAUCAUCUUUAUGCCCUACAAUUACUUGUUGGACUCCAAGAGCCGCAGGGCACACAAUGUGGACCUGAAAGGAACGGUUGUGAUCUUUGAUGAAGCUCACAAUGUGGAAAAGAUGUGUGAGGAGUCAGCGUCCUUUGACUUGACCCCCCAUGACGUGGCGUCAGGACUGGAUGUCAUAGACCAGGUCUUGGAGGAACAGACCAAGGCAGCACAGCACAGCGAGCUCCACCUGGAGUUCAGUGCAGAUUCCACCAGCCCAGGGCUGAACAUGGGGCUGGAAGACAUCGCGAAGCUCAAGAUGAUCCUGCUUCACCUGGAAGGGGCCAUCGAUGCUGUGGAGCUGCCAGGAGACAACAGCGGGAUCACCAAGCCUGGGAGCUACAUCUUCGAGCUGUUUGCGGAAGCCCAGAUCACAUUUCAGACCAAGGGCUGCAUCUUAGACUCACUGGACCAGAUCAUCCAGCACCUGGCAGGACGUGCUGGAGUGUUCACCAACACGGCUGGACUGCAGAAGCUCGCUGACAUCAUCCAGAUCGUGUUCAGUGUGGACUCCCCUGAGGGCGGCCCCAGUUCCCUGGCAGGGCUGGGGGUCUUACAGUCCUAUAAGGUACACAUCCACCCUGAUACUAGUCAUCGGAGGACAGCUCAGCGGUCAGACGCCUGGGGCUCUGCUGCAACCAGGAAGCAAGGGAAGGUACUGAGCUACUGGUGCUUCAGCCCCGGCCACAGCAUGCGUGAGCUCCUCCGCCAGGGCGUCCGCAGCAUCAUCCUCACCAGCGGCACGCUGGCCCCGGUGUCCUCCUUUGCUCUGGAGCUGCAGAUCCCUUUCCCUGUGUGCCUGGAGAACCCACAUGUCAUCAGUGAGCACCAGAUCUGGGUGGGGGUUGUCCCCAAAGGCCCUGAUGGAGCCCAGCUGAGCUCUGCGUUUAACAAGCGGUUCUCUGAGGAGUGCUUGUCCUCCCUGGGGAAGGCCUUGGGCAACAUCGCCCGCGUGGUGCCCCAUGGGCUCCUGGUCUUCUUCCCCUCCUACCCUGUCAUGGAGAAGAGCCUGGAGUUCUGGCGGGCCCACGACCUGGUCAGGAGGAUGGAGGAACUGAAGCCGCUGUUUGUGGAGCCCAGGAGCAAGGGCAGCUUUUCCGAGGUGAUCAAUGCUUACUACCAGAGGGUCAGCUCCCCUGGCUCCAGUGGGGCCACCUUCUUGGCCGUGUGCCGGGGCAAGGCCAGUGAGGGGCUGGACUUCUCAGACACAAACGGCCGUGGAGUGAUCGUCACGGGCCUCCCCUACCCCCCACGCAUGGACCCUCGAGUUGUUCUCAAGAUGCAGUUCCUGGAUGAGAUGAAGGGCCAGGGUGAGCCUGGGGGCCAGGUCCUCUCAGGGCAGAAGUGGUACCAGCAGCAGGCAUCCAGGGCUGUGAACCAGGCCAUUGGGCGGGUGAUCCGGCACCGCCAUGACUAUGGGGCUGUGUUCCUCUGUGACCACAGGUUUGCCCACACUGACGCCAGAGCACAGCUGCCCUCCUGGGUACGUCCUUACGUCAAGGUGUACAACAGCUUCGGCCAUGUCAUCCGAGACGUGGCCCAGUUCUUCCGUGUUGCUCAGAAAACAGUGCCCACCCCAGCCCCCUGGGCUCCAGGCCCCCAGUCUGUGGCCCCCAGUCCAGGUGAAGGAGAUGAGGCUGCCAAGGGGACCAUGGCACCCAGUCCCCUUCUCUUCACCGGAAAGGCAAAAUGCCUGGACCUGCACGUCCCCAGCCUGAAGCAGAGGUCCUCAGGGUCACCAGCUGCCAGGGACCCCGAGAGGAACCUGUGUGUGGAGUACGAGCAGGAGCCAGUCCGUGCCCCACGGAGGCCAAGAGGCCUGCUGGCCGCCCUGGAACACAGUGAACAGUGGGCUGGGGGCUCUGGGGAUGGGGCCUGCUCUGGCGAGGAGGAGAUGCAGGCACACGAUCGGGUCCCCCAGUCCCUCCUGUGUGAGAAGAGGCUGGCCAAGGAGCAGAGAGGCAGGAGGAGGAAGGUCCGACUGGUCAGCUGCCCAGAUGAGGUGGCAGCUGGUGCCCAGGCAGGCAGGGCCAAGCACUUCCUGGUGGCCGUGAGGCAGGUACUGAGCCCCACCAGCUUCCACACCUUCACGCAGGCCCUGCAGGACUACAAGCGCUCUGAUGACUUCGCAGCCCUGGUGGCCUGCCUUGGCCCCCUCUUUGCUGAGGACCCUAAGAAGCACAGUCUGCUCCAAGGAUUCUACCAGUUUAUGCGACCCCACCACAAGCGGCAGUUCCAAGAGGUCUGCCUCCAGCUCACAGGACAAGGCUGCAGCCACUGGCCUGACCACAGCCUUCCCCGAAGCCGGCAGGCACAGCCAGCCUUGGACCCCACUGGAAGGAGGGAGCCUGAUCCCAAGCUGACCAUGUCUGAGGCCACAGCUGGACAACUGGAUCCCGGAGAGCACCUGAACCAGGGUGGGCCCCACCUGUCCAUCAGUCCAGCCUCCCCAGGAGACCCUGGCAGUGGCCCACAUGUGGGGUCCGGAGCCCCCCGAGCAGAGAAGCGGGGCCAGCUCACCGCAAGUACCUACCUGGCAGAUGCCCGCAGGGCGCUGGGGUCUGCUGGCUGUGGCCAGCUCCUGGCAGCGCUGACUGCCUACAAACAGGAUGACGACCUUGACAAGGUGCUGGCUGUGCUGGCUGCACUGACCACCUCAAAGCCUGAGGACUUCCCCCUGCUGCGAAGGUUUGGCAUGUUUGUGCGUCCACACCACAAGCAGCACUUCUCACAGGUGUGUGCGGACCUGACUGGCCUGCCUUCCCUGGCUGUGGACACACAGCCAUCUAGAUCUUGGGAGGCGAGUUCCACAGUACCCCCUGCACCCACCCACAGGGCCCCCCAGCCAGGUCCCUCGCUGUCACAGACACCUGUGAUCACCCAGAGCAAGAUCUCAUCUUUGCCCAGGCAGCAGCCCCCAGACAGUGCAGGGGCGGACAGUGCCACCACAGGGCCCGGUGGGUCCCCAGGACCUUUUCACAGGCACACACAGUCCGAGCGGGGUGAGCCUCAUGGGUGGGGUGGCACCCAGCAGCAGGCUGUAGGGGUGCACAGUGGGCCCCUCAAAGCAGGCUUCUUAUGCGGGGGCUGCAGGGCAGAGGACGUGGUACCCUUCCAGUGCCCUUCCUGCAACUUCCACUCCUGCCAGGGCUGCUGGCGACAGCACCUCCAGGUCUCUAGGACAUGUCCAGCCUGCCACACUGCCUCCAGGAAGCAGAGCCUCAUGCAGGUCUUCUGGCCAGAGCCCCAGUGAGCACCGUGAAGACCCUCAGGGCACCCCAUCAUGGCUUGGACACAUGCCUGCCCAGCUAUGGUGCAGGCAAGAGCCCACCCAAUAGGGAGGCCAGCAUGCCCACCUGCCAGGCCCCUGCAGUCUCAGAUGGGUGGGCUGUGAUUGGCCCCUGAGGCCGGGAGGGUCUGGGCCUGCACAAAAGAAGCCUGAACUACCUGGGGUCUGUUGGAAGGUGCUUCCCAGAACAUUCCUUGGCUGCUGUGUCAUGAGUGGUGCCCAGGGCAAUCCCAGAACAUCCCCGCUGAACUCCCACCCAGGAAGGAGCUCACGGGGUGUGUGCCAACUUUUAAUCAGGCGACAGUUCUAAUAAAGCUGCUAGCAGUGCCUGGGGCA